AUGCUCUUGCACCUCAAGGUCGUCGUCGGGCUUGUGACCGCUACACUGGCUGCUGCUGAGUCUGCGGGGAACUUUUCGAUACCACUGACUCGUCGACAAGACCCCGCCCAGAUUGGCGAAGAUCAGAUCACAACUUUUUCCGGCGAUUUUAGCCAUGCUGUUAUCAAGUACUCGACGGCCUUAGAGAACUACUUCCGAAACACGGGUAAGCAACAUCCCCUACAAGCGCUUCAGCUUUCGAAGCGCGGUUCAGAAGGCUCUGUGGGUCUUCGCAAUGUGGACAAUGGCCUGUUAUGGACAGGACAGGUCCAGUUUGGUUUCCCUCCCCAGAGUGUAUACGUGGACUUUGACACCGGCUCGGCUGACAUGCUGGUGAACCAUGGCGCCUACAACCCCGGUCUAUCCAUCUCGUCUCAUAAUACCAAGAAAUCUUUUUCCAGCACAUACUCAGAUGGCAGGAAGGCCAAUGGAACCAUUUACACGGACGACUUUUCUAUUGGUGGCAUCAAAGGCAAGCAUGUGGCUGUUGGUCUUUCCAAGAAGGAAUUUAUUGCCAGCAGGGAGUCUCCGAACAAGGGCAUCAGUGGUCUUUCGAUGCCUUCAAUUCAGACGUUCCCUUCUUCAUACAAGCCAUUUUUCCAGACUCUUCGUGAGCAGGGCGCUGUUUCUCAGGGUAUUUUCCAGUUCACGAUCAAGACUGGCAGUGGAUCGUCAUUGCACCUGGGUGGUAUCGAUUCAUCCAAGUACACUGGAAGCAUCACAUGGGUGGACUUUGAUCCUUCGGAUGGCUUUUACGUGGCCUCCGCCUCUAUCAAUGGAAAGGAUAUUCGCACUAUCAUCGAUUCGGGGACGUCCCUUAUUAUUGGCCCCCCGAAUGAGGUCAAGGAAGUGCUGAAGUCUAUCGACGGCGUCACUAUAUCGGACCAAAAUGGCCAAGUUAUGGCCACCUUCCCGUGCAAAGAGAACCCGAAGGUGAACAUCAAGUAUGGCAGCAAGACCUUCCCUCUGGCUAACACGCACCUUAAGCAGAAUAGCACCACUUGUGUCCUGCCAAUUAUGGGUCGAAGUGGCCUUCCCAUGAAGGCUUGGAUCAUGGGUGAUCCAUUUUUCCAGUCUGCCACAGUGAUCUUUGAUCAGGACAAACACCGCCUUGGUUUUGCCAAGCAGGCAUAA